CUUUCAUAGUGUUUCUCACGUUGAAACCAAUUUUUUCGCCUUUCAUUUCAGGGAAAUUUUUUUAAGCCAUUGUAUUCAUUAUAUAUAUGAGAUCUUAUGCAUUAGUAAGACUUGGCUUUACAGAGAGAUAAUAAGAGUAGGCGCCCUCAAGAAAACAGAGUAAAAAUGGAUCAAAAUUUGUAUCGCAAGUGCCUGGUUAUUUUAUCGAUGAUGGCAAUGAUCGGCACAUCAAUGGCUACAUAUGCCGGGACCCCAUGGCGUACAGCCUCAGCCACUUUUUACGGUGACGACACCGGCAGCGCAACUAUGGGUGGGGCUUGUGGCUAUGGUAACAUGUAUGACAGCGGCUACGGGGUAGCCACGACUGCGCUGAGCACAGCCCUGUUCAACGAGGGUUAUGCAUGCGGUCAAUGUUUCCAGUUAAAGUGUGUGUCGUCGCCUAACUGCUACUACGGGUCACCAGCCACCGUGGUAACUGCAACCAACAUAUGUCCACCAAAUUAUGGCCAAGCAUCCAACAAUGGUGGAUGGUGUAAUCCGCCACGAGUCCAUUUUGAUUUGACUAAACCAGCUUUUAUGAAGAUCGCUAACUGGAAGGCUGGUAUCAUCCCCGUCUCAUAUCGCAGAGUGGCAUGUAAGAAGAUCGGAGGAAUAAGGUUCAAAUUUGAAGGAAAUGGAUAUUGGCUACUUGUGUACGUGAUGAACGUAGGUGGUCCAGGUGACAUCAAGACCAUGGCCGUUAAAGGUAGCCGCACAGGGUGGAUCAACAUGAGCCAUAACUGGGGAGCUUCGUACCAAGCCUUUUCUUCUCUCUACGGUCAGUCUCUCUCGUUCCGGCUCACCUCUUACACCACUCGUCAGACCAUUUACGCUUAUAAUGCUGCUCCGGCAAGCUGGAGCGCGGGCAAGACCUACCAGAGCAAGGCUAAUUUUAACUAAUUUAGGUCAUAUUCAAUUCCGAGAAACCGGUUUAUUUGAAUAUACGGUUUUGCCAUUUGUUGUUGAGUCCGAUCGAUCGAGAGGUUGAUCCUUUUUUUCUAAUGAAUAACUCCCUUUGGUUAUAUGGUAGUCAUUAAUUCUUGUAUAUCCAUCAUUGGGUUGAGGAAAAUUUGUUGAUUUUUAUGUGUGUUUAAAAUUUUUGAAUUAUCUUCUCAUUCAUAUAUUAGCAUCAAAAUGAUUGAUGGGAUCAUUGGUACUUUUUUUCUUAUCAGAAAAUGACUUUUCUAAUUCAAGAGUUAUCAAUAAAUAUGA